GAAGCAGAAGGUGGAGAGGGAGUGGGCAGCCAUGCUGCGGCGGAGCAGAGCGGGAUAAUGCGGAGCAGGAAGCCUCGAUGGUGUGCGACGUCGGGAGGGAGGCGAGCGAGGCGAAGAGCACGGGGGAGACGAGGUCGUGGCGGUUCACUGCAUCGUGGGCCACCGGGAGCACACAGGCAAGAGGUGAAGAAGAUGAGGUCAUGGCGGCCGGGGCGGCGAGAGUUGCAGAGCCGAGGAAGGGAGGUUGCGGGAGGCCCGCGAGGCAAAAAGAGGCGACCACGCGGAGGGGAAGGGGAGCAGCGGGCGGCCGGACGCGGAGGCGGAGCUCAACAUGCCGCCGGGCUUCCGCUUCCACCCCACGAACGACGAGCUCAUCAUCCACUACCUCUGCAGGGAGGUGGCGGCCCAGCCGCAGCCGUGCCCAUGAUCGUCGAGGUCGCUCUGUACAAGUUCAACCCCUAGGAUCUGCCUGGUUUACCAGGAGGCCCAGCUCGGAAGACGCAGGCCUAUCGAGCCCAGCUGGCUCCGAGCAAGGAGGACGACGACGCCGAUGGUCGCCAUGGGAAGCUUACGGCCUACUGGAGGUUUGUCUUGUUUUUCUUCUGCCAGAUGAUGAUGAACAAAGUGCAUUAUGCAUCAGCAAAUGAUCACUAUCGGAUUCCGAUCGCCCACUUGGAGAAAAGAAGAAGAGUGGGAUCGACCUUUUUUCACUUGGAAAAAAGAACACUGAAAAUACGUACAUUCCACAUGGACCAUUCUUCAGUUAAUUUCCCACCGCCACCGGUCAUAUCAGUUGCUUUCAGUUCUCACUAGUGAACCAACCUGUGUUUGAAUGGUUAGAGGGACUAUGGUAUCCCCACCCCAUCAGGGUUCAAAUUCUGGUGCUCGCAGUGGGAGGAGAUGUUCCCGUCGACGACGAGGUGCUGACCCAGUCUUUUGGAGGUGUUCAUAGAGGUAGGGUGUGCGUGUAUGCGUUCAUAGAGAUGAGUGUAUGCACGUGUAUGUGAGCGCUAGUGUCUGUACUGUGUUAAAAAAAGUUGCUUUCAGUUUUCACUAGCAAACAUGUACCUUCCUUUCUUGCUGAGCAUAUGUACCUUAAAUUAACAGUUUCGCUGA